UUUGCUGCCUCCCUUCAAAGACUCUUAAUGCUCCAGUGCUCUCUGCUCAGGCCUUCAUUUUCUCCUGCGUCAAGGUUACUGAGAAUAAAAGGAUGCCCUUGUUCCUCCGGAAGCAGCCCCCGGAGAUCCCUUCUCCCACCGAAAAGGACUGGAUUAAGAAGGACGAAGAGGAGGACGUCUUCCUCAAAGACCCCGAUGACUUCCUUGACUCUCUGCCGGAGCAUCUCCGCAUGGUCCACAAAAUAGUGACGGUCCUCUUUGACCGCGCCUGGGAAAUCAUCGAAGGGGAAAACACGCUGCAGGAGACCAAGCAGCAGAACCUGGCUCCAACGCUCUACCAUCCUUCGGAAGAGUUGCAGGUCACAGGAAAGGCAAACUGCCUGGUGCUCUCAGGGGGAUAUAUCUUCGCUGGGCUUUCUACCGGACUUUCCAUCUUCAGUGCAUCCACACGCGAGAGGCUUUGCGCUUGGGAAUCAGCCAAGCUUGAAAUUUGCACCAUCCAGGUCUCAGCCCUUGGUGGCGGCUCCUACCUCUUUGGGGCAGUUGAUGAGCUGGGUACUGCCCAUCUUUUUUAUUUUAUGAAGGAGAACCUCGUUCAUAUAAAAGCCAUAAAUGAAGUGGAAGAUAUCAGCAAGCGAAAUGCAUGUGUGGUCUUGCAGCUCUCUCAACGGGCUGAUUAUGCUGGGUUCCUGCUGCAAAGCAGCUCAGAGGUUUGGCUGGAGAUUUACCGAUUGCCUAAGGAUUCCUGGCUGAAGGAGAUGGAACAAAUUCAAGCAGUGGCAGUUAUAUCUCCAGGUCAGUCUCCAGGUUCUGGAGGCGAGAAUGAAAAGCUCAAGGAAGUGGAAGUCAGCCAUUCACCUCUGCCAGAGAAGACUGGAGCAAAAGCAGGAAAACGCCGUUCCCCCAAGCAGAAGAGUUUGGAUAUCCAACCUCAAGUUACUGAAGAGAUGGAUUUGCAACAACUCCUAAGCAGAAUUGAAUCUAGACUCGCUCCUCCUGUUCUGCUCAUGAAGCUCAGGCCACAGAAGCCACUUUCAGGAAGCAUCUUUAAGAAUCCUUUUGAAGCCUUAAUGAAGAUCGAUGAUGGGAGUAUUAUUGGCUUGGGAUACAACCAUAUGAUCAAGGACUGCCAAUGGGAGCGACAGGAAGCCAUUUUUAACAGUACUUUCCAGCAGUAUCUGGAGACAGAGGAUGAUCUAGAGCCCAAAGAGGAGAAACCCAGCAAUGCUAUGUUUCAUUUUCACUUGCCUGGUCGCAUCUUGCCUCUUGGUACUGAAAUCAAAGCUGAGCCAGAUGUGCCCAUCGCACUCAGUGUUCAUUGGAGCAGUAGUCACAAUCUCUGCUUUUAUCUUCUCAGUCGCCCACCAAAGGAGAAAGCAGAUUCUGAUCCAAAACCAGACAUCGUUUGGCCAUGUGCUGCUCCAAUUACAUGUUCGGCUAUCACACCUUGCUCUUCUUACCUGGCUUUUGCCUGUGAAGACAGAACCGUUACUGUCUGGGAUAUGUCUAUUGGAUUCCCAUUGUCUGUGACUGUGCUUCCCGAAGAGUGUGUUAUACGAAACCUCCAGUUCAUGCCUCUUUCUCCAACAUCCAACAAGAAAUUACCUUGCCCUAGUAAUACCAAAGUGCAGCUUCUGUUAUUGUGUACGGAUGGGUCUCUACACAUGAUCACAUCAGGGGCCAAAGAAUUGAACACCAAAUUGUCGGGAUACAGGCCUCAGGUUCCCAGUCAGAUGAUCAGUGCUGUGGCGACCAUUCCAACCUUGCCUGAUGUAGUGCUCAUUUUCUCCUGGGAUGGCAUGGUCAGCUUGAUGGACAUGACUACGCAAGAAAACAUUUGCCAUUUCAUCCCACCACCUGCAUAUAAAACAGCUUCUCCGUGGCAGCCAGUUUUUUCUGUGGAUAGUGAUGGCCAAGGCCUGAUCCUCCAAGGGGAUGCACAGUCUGGGAAUGUUAAGGGAGAAACAGAACCCAUCUUCCUAUUUAACUUCACAUUCUAUCCAUUGAUGGAGGAGACUUUUGCACUGAAAGUUGAAUAUCCACCUGACAACUUAGCAGAUCUGCCAUGGGACCAGCGCUGUGACAUUUUCCUAAAUGAUAACUUGCAGCGGCUGUCCACAAUUAGCCAACAGAUGCCUGAGUGCUGGAGCCAGCUGCAGGAGUAUGCAGCUGCCGUAACAAGAGGGAGUCCAGAAGAAGGGCCGGCACCGCAAGAGUCCAGGGUCGUUGAAGAUCCAUCGCCCAGUGGCUUAGGCUAGCAGAGUACCUCACAGUGAGUGCCUUUAUUGUGGACAACAUCUUUGCCAUUCACUUGGAUGUUUCAAAAAUCUGAGCAUAGAGAUAUUUGGUCUCAUUUCUUUUUGGAUCCAUUCAGGUAGCAUCUACUCCCUCCUAAGUCUUAACCAGCCUUCAAGAGAGGGAACAAGGUAUGAACCUAAUUGUUUCAAAGUGGGGCUGAACUAUCAUUAUCUCUGGGGACUCAAAGGGCACACCUUGCAGUUUAUAACAGAGAAAGGCAAGGAGGAGUAGAGUAGAACAGAGAAGUCUGUACCCGCAAUAUGUGAUACUACUGGACAUAGAAGAAAUGGCCUGGGUUUGUUUGUUUGUUUACUUCUUGUAUGAGACAGCUUUUCGAGAGUGGUACCAGUGGUACCUUAGAAAAUAAACCCUACUGUUAUUGCACCAGCCAAAUAAUAAAUGUUUCCAUUACAUGUUUUAUUGACAGCAUUUUUCUUUAAAAGGGCUGUAAAUGCUGUAUUGAUUUAAAAAUUGUAUUGUUUAUUGUUUUUAAAGUCUUUUGGAGUGUAUGUUCCUCAGUGUAUGUUCUUCAGUUUUCAUGUAGAUUUAUGGAUGUUUGAUUGUAAUUUUCUGAAUUGUAAUGUGUAAGCCACCUUGCGCCCCAGUCUUGGGGGAAAAGGGAGAAUAUAAAUAAAGUUAAU